AUGGUGAGUUUAGUAAAGACUACGAACCAUGAAGACGAGAUGCUAUAUAUAUACAUGCAAGUAUCGGGCUUUGGCGUAGGAUUCCAAAACCCGAAUAUGCCAGUAGAAUUAAGACAAGAUAGCUUCUCGAAUAUCAGCUUCUCCCAGAAGAUGUUGUUAGAACUGAUGUUUUGUUUGAAUGAGGAGUUUAACGCAACCUAG